UUGGUGUGCUGUUUGUUGCGUCUGUACUGUGUAGCAGUAGAAACAUGAACGACAGAGGUAAUAACCAAGCGGACGGAUCUCCGGUGAGAAAGACCAGAAGAGGACGCAGAGGAGGAGGAGGAGGAGGAGGACGGGAACAACACCACCCUUCUCUCCAAAUCGACGAUGCAUUAAAACUCAACGAUCUUCAGUCACCUUUGAGUUGUCAGCCUCAGACGCAUGAACCCACCACCUCGACACCCAGAAACCACAGAAAUCCGAGGUCGGCAUCCGGGAAUCGAGGUGCCCAUGUAUUCAAACCUCGGUUUGUCAAGAAAUCUGAGUUGGGUUCUUCUUCGACUGGCGGAGUGGGUUCUUCUUCGAAUGGAGUAGUAGUGGGUUCUUCUUCUUCGAAGAAUGAACAAGUGGGUGCUUUGAAUGAUGAGGUGGGGUCUCUGAGUAUUGGUGAGGGAGAAAGUGGGCAGCAAGCGAAGCAAGAAGAAGAGAGAGUUGGGGCUAGUGUAGAGAAUGCUGCUGAGGUGUCUGAGCGUGGGAAAGAAGAGGAUGAUAAUGCUGUGACAAGAUUGGAAGAGCUGCAGCGCGGUGUCGAAGAGCCGGAGUUGUCAGAAGAGCAGCUGAGGAUCAAUGAUCAGGCUCAGGAGGAUGAGUUGCUUGCUAUGGAGUCCAUUUUUGGAGACAACGUUAUCAUCCUUGAAAGACAACGAGGCCUUCGAUGUUUUCAGAUUCGUAUACACAUUGAAGCUCCUGGUGAAAUUGCUGUUUCUACUAAGUUGAAUUCAUCUAGUGACCUUAAGUACACAAGUAGUAGUUCUGAUGACUUCUCAUACUCCUUCACAGUCCAGCAUCUUCCACCAAUUAUGUUGACAUGUGCGUUACCCAAAUCAUAUCCAAGCCACCAGCCACCUUAUUUCACACUAUCUGUUCAAUGGUUGGAUUCUAUUAAAAUUUCCAAUUUGUGUUCCAUGCUGGACUCAUUAUGGAUGGACCAACAAGGACAGGAGGUUAUAUACCAAUGGGUGGAAUGGCUACAAAGUUCUUCUCUUUCUCAUCUUGGGUUUAAUGAGGAAAUAAUGCUUGGUCCUUAUGGUAGUAGAGAUGCUGGAGAUAGACGUGCACUCACAGGAAUUGUAUCCCCGGAUGCAGAUAUUCCUUUUCUUCGAAGUUACAAUAAUGAUAGACUCCAUGAGAACUUCCGCAACAGUUUGCAGGAAUGCUGCAUCUGUUUUACUGAGUAUGCAGGCGCUGAGUUUGUCAGGCUGCCUUGCAAGCAUUUCUUCUGCUGGAAAUGCAUGAAGACUUAUUCUGACAUGCAUGUCAAGGAAGGUACCAUCACCAAAUUGAACUGUCCUGAUACAAAAUGUCAGGGUAUGAUCCCACCAGGUUUGCUAAAACGAUUGCUUGGCGAUGAAGAGUUUGAACGUUGGGAGUCCUUGAUGUUAGAAAAAACACUCGAUUCAAUGUCUGAUGUUGUGUCUUGUCCAAGAUGUAAAACACCCUGCAUAGAAGAUGAAGAUGAUCAUGCCCAAUGCUCAAAGUGCUUCUUUAGCUUCUGUACACUGUGCUGGGAGCGGCGUCAUGUGGGUGUUCAAUGUAUGACACCAGAAAUGAAGCUCCGUAUCCUCCAGGAACGUCAAAACUUCAGUCAGUUAGGCGAUGAGCAAAAGCGGAGAGAAAAAGAAAUGAUCAAUGAGAUCCUCAGUGUGAGAGUAAUACUUAGCGAUGCAAAGCAAUGCCCGGCUUGCAACAUGGCAAUAUCGCGAGUUGAAGGUUGCAACAAGAUGGUGUGUGAAAAUUGUGGGCAGUACUUCUGCUACAACUGUGGAAGCGGAAUAACGGGAUAUGAACAUUUCAGGGAUGGGCAAUGUGAACUGUUCCCCCAAGAAACAAUUCGGAACUGGCAGGCACAGAUGAAUCCUCGCCAGAAUUUGGGUCAGAUACACGCUGAACAGGUCGCUGAACUGGUUGCCCAACAGGUAGCUGUACACGGACAAUUAUGUCCCAGUUGUGGUCAGUUUAAUGCAAAGUUUAACAACAACAAUCAUAUAUCUUGCUGGGCAUGCCAACACCACUUUUGCUACUUAUGCAAAGAGACCGUGAGGCGAAGCUCUCAGCAUUAUGGACCGAAGGGUUGCAAACAACACACACCAGGAUAGUAAAACACAGCUGCCAUACUACUGAAAGCCACAACUCGAUCAUCCAAAUCCUUCCAUCCAUAUAGAUCAAACCUCACUGUUACAUGAUCAUAAUUUUAUGCAGCAGAGUUGCUGGAUUCGGAUCACAUAUAUCCGGACUUAUAGUUGCUCAUCAGUAUUGUAAAGUUUAUAUUUAUUCUUUUUAUUGGGAAAUACAAAUGUAUAUUGAUGAUGAGUGUAAAGUUUGGUUUCGAAUAAAACGGCAGCUGAAGCUGGGGUUUGCCUUGCUUCAAAUACA